CUUAUAUUGACGUCUAAACUGAUUCACCAUUUUAGUAAAUUACCUGUUGACCAUUCUGCAAGUAUAUAAAGAAAAAUUGUAAUUUUUCUAAUAUUGAAUACAUAUUAAACCAUGUUUAAUAUCUUUGUGGUUCCGUUUGCUUUACUCCUACUUUGCAAUUGGGUCCAUCCAUUAUCACUUCAAAAACGGGCUGUGAAUGAAACUAAUUCAACAACAGAAGAACCUUUAGAUGUGGAAGUGAUAAUUAGACCUUGUCCACCAAUAUGGUUGCCACGAUUUAAAAGAGACGUAAAUUCAACAAAUGGCACAUCUAACACAAACUCCACAGGUUCCUUAAGGCCGGAGAUUAUUAUUUUACCCUGCUUUCCACCACCACCUCCACAUCCAAGACCAUGGUUUCCGUGGCACAGAAUGCAUCCUCCACACCGCUUCGGUGACGACCCGUUUUCAUUUUUAAGAAAAAGAAGGGAAGUAACGGAUUCUAGUACGGAAAAAAAUUCUUUAAACUCGUCAGACAGACCUCAUCACGAUCAUCGUGGUGAACAUGGAAGGCAGCAUUUACAAGGAAGACAAAGAAGAGCUGUAGGUGACGAAUCAAAUUCAACAAGUACUACAGAAACAUCAUCGGUCAAUGCGACAAAAAUUCCGGAACCAACGGAAGUAGUCACUAAUACAACAACUAACACUACUGAAGACACAGUAAUAGUGGUUGAAAUAGAGGACAUAGAAGUGGUUCCGAUAGAAGGCCCUGAUUCGAUAAGUGACUCAUCAGACAACGACUGGCCUCCUCGCGAUAGGGAGGGUUAUCGUCCACGACCGAGAAAACAUCCUUGGCACAAAAGGCGUUUUCCUGAAAAUGAUGGAUUUUAAGAAUAUAAAUAUAUAUUUUCCUAAAAAUAUAUUAUAAUACAAUGUUGCUCAAUUUA